AUGCAGACAUCAGAUCAGACGCCCGAGAUCUAUCGACUGCCGCGUGCCAAUUGCCACACUGGAACCCCAGCUUGGCCUGCACCAGGAAUCUCUCGGAAGCCCACUUGCCCUUCAAUGCCCUUUCUUCUCAGGUGUUUCGCGUGGCAGUCAGGAGUCCCUGGGGGAUCCCCUAAAGUUGGGGGCCCAGGGUCCCGUCCAUCCCUGCUCAAGAUCCCUUCUUCUUUGACAUCUAGCAGGCGAUCACGCACCCCUUCGAGUAGAGACAAGAGACCAGGACUCGUAGAACCCUUGUCAGCCACCCUGCGCAAGCGAGCCGAUUGCUGGCGCCAGCUUGACGAUCAUAUGAAAUUAGCCUUUGUUUCUGGCCAGCCCCAAGGCGUCUUCAAGAAACGUCGUGGCUCCGACCACGAGUCACGAGCUUGCAAGAUUUUUGACUAUCAUCAUCUCGGCCAUGAACUCGAAACUUUAUGUCUCGAUAUAGACUCGACUUCAUCAAGAUCGAUUGCUACGUUCUCAACUCCAUGA